UCGUGAGAGCUAGAAUUUCCCGUUACCAUUUAAGCGGCGCCCGCCGCCUAGCUCGCCCGGCCAGCGCUAAACGAAAAUGGAAAUAGAAAGUGGCGACGGCUCUAAAACCCUACUGAAACCCGGAUCCAUCACACAUUUCGGCAGAGGCGCAGGUUUCAACUACAACGACGACGACCGUUCCGUGUCACGCCGACACAUAUCGUUCCAUCCCUACCCUUCCCCCGACGAUGAACGCGAUGGCCCGCCGGUUCGUUUCGAAGUUGUCGGGAAGAACCCGGUUUGGGUCCACAAUGGCAAGAGCGGCGGAGUGAAGACGUACCGGAGAUCCGAAAUAGGUGAAUUGGAGAGCGGAGACAUGUUCUGUGUUUCAGCGAAGAACCCCGUUUGGUUCACGCUCAAAAGAACUUAUUCCGAAGCUCAAGGUAGUAAGGGUAAGAAGAGAGAUACGCUGGUUGGCACUGAUCCGGACUAUGAGCAACAAGGGGUUGAAGAAUUGGACCCUGAUUCCAUCAAUCUAUCAGACAUCGACGCUGUUAAAGAGUUUGGACUGGUGGUAAUUGGGCAUGAGUUUGAUGCUUAUCCAAAGAAAAUGAUAAAAGAUAUCAAGAAUUGGGAUUGGGAUAUCGAGGAACCAGGGGAUGAAAGCGAGAAUGAUGAAGGAGGGAGGAAAAGGUGGAAGAGGAAGAGGAGUUGUAAAAAUGACGAGGAUGGUGGUGAUGAUGAUGAGUGGAGAGGGGAGAGUGAGGAGGAGGAGGAGGAGAAGGAAGCAGUAAAUAAAUCAAGCAAAUCUCAAGUCGCUAAGUUUAUGACUACUAGAUCCAAGGAUUAUGGUAAACCAAGUAAGGGUUCCGGAAAAGAGAAGCUUUUAGCCCAAACGGAAAGUAUUGGUGAUGAAGAUUCAGAUGAUGAGGACUCAGAUGAGACGUUAGGAGGUUUUAUUGUUGUGGACGAAGAAAUUGGAGAAGACGAUACUGCUGACGACGAUGACGAAGAGGAAGAAUUUGAUGAUUUAGAAGAGGAUUGAUGAGAACAAGCAAAUAUGUUCAAUGGUUCUUUAGAAUGGUUAACCAUGUAGUUUGUAUAAAUGUUCAAUUUGUUGUGUUUUGUACAGCUUUUUGGAAUGCUUGUCCAAUAUCAUCAUACAUAGCCUUAUUCCAUUCAUUACAUACUCUGCAGCUGAUUGCUACCUAUGUUCUUUUUGUAUGUCUCUCUUCUGAUUAGCCGGCUAACUGUUUGAUUCUGGAACAGGAAGGGCUUAUUGUCGUUACUUUUGUGUCAUGUAGAAACACUUUGAAGCAAGGUUCAAAAC